AUGGAGGAGAUUGGUACUUCAAUUGCAUCUAAAAUUGUAGAAGAACCAGUGGCACUAAUUGGGAGACAACUCAGCUAUCUAAUUUGCUACAAUUGUAACAUAGAAAGUCUAAAGGAUGUGCUUAAAAAGCUUGAUGACAAGAAAAAUGAUGUGCAAAGAUCUGUGGAUGCUGCAAAAAGGAAUGGUGGAACCAUCAAAGAUCAAGUUCAGAGCUGGCUGGAGGAUGUAAGCAAAAUAUUUCAUGAAGCGAAAGAACUUGAAAACAAAGUCAACGGGCAAAGGUGUUGUUUGUAUGGAUUGUGCCCAAGUUUGAAAUCGCGGUAUUCUCUGAGUAGGAAAGCCAAAAAGAUUGCCGAGCGUGUACUUGAUCUCAAACUAGAUGAAGAACUGAGUAAUAAUGUUGCCAAUCCUGCACAUCUGCAACAGCUAGGGUUAAUAAUCUCUAGUAAAGGUUUUAAGGGUUUUGAAUCCAGAAAAGCAGUCAUGAAUGAUGUGCUUAGUGCUUUGAGGAAUGAAAAGACAAGAAUAAUUGGGAUUUGUGGGAUGGGAGGUGUGGGUAAAACCACAAUGGUAAGAGAAAUCAUCAAGAGAUUAGAAGGAACGAGUCAGUUGUUUGAUGACGUUGUGAUGUCAACUGUCUCCGCAACUGUAAGCAUUAGGACAAUUCAAGCUGAAAUUGCAGAGCCACUUGGUAUGAAAUUGGAUGAGGCACCGAAAUCUGUAAGAGCACAAAGACUACAUGAGAGAAUCAAGCAGAGUAAAAGAAUCCUGAUUAUAUUGGAUGAUGUAUGGUCAGAGCUUAAAUUACAAGAUGUAGGAAUCCCUUUUGGUGAUCAUGAAGGGUGCAAAAUUUUGUUGACAUCUCGAAAUGAAGAAGUUUGUAAAGUAAUGGGGUGUAAAGAUGACAUUUUUGGAGUCCAAGCCUUAAAUAAAGAAGAAGCAUGGGAGCUUUUCAGGGCGACUGUAGGUGAAUCCUUGGACAAUAAUCCUGAUUUGUCUCAUGUUGCAAAAUUGAUUGUUGAUGAAUGCAAAGGUUUACCCAUUGCUAUCAUAACUGUUGGGAAAGCUCUUCUACCAAGUAAUGGCAAGCAUGAAUGGAAUACUGCCUUGCAAGAAUUGAAAAAUUCCCUCCCUGAAAACAUCCCUGGAAUGGAACCCGAGGUUUAUUCUUGCAUAAAAUUGAGUUAUGAUAAAUUGAGUAGUGAUGAAGUCAAGUCAUGCUUUUUACUUUGUUGCUUAUUUCCAGAAGAUUAUGAUAUUCCGAUUGAGUAUUUGGUGAGGUAUGGGUCGGGUCGAGCAACUUUUAGAAACACCAACACAAUCGAAGAUGUAAGAAACAAAGUGCAUUCUUUCAUUGGACAACUAAAAAGAAGGUAUUUGUUGCUGGAUAGUCUCAAGGAAGAGUGUAUCAAAAUGCAUGACGUAGUUCGUGAUGUUGCCAUAUCAAUUGCCUCAAAAGAUCCUCAUAGAUUUAUGGUAAGAUCAUUUGAUGCUGAAGGUGGAGGUGGAGGACGGCCAGGGGUACAAAAAGUUACAAACCAAGAACAUUGCAGUGCAAUUUCAUUAAUUGAUGUUAAAUUGGAUGAAAAUAUUACUGAUGGUUUGGAGUGCCCCAAACUUGAGCUUCUGCAACUGAAAAAUUCCUCAAGUAGUUCAGAAUAUUCCAACCACUUUAAAAGAAUGAAAGAACUCAAGGUUUUAGCUUUCUUAGAGGUGAAUAUGUCAAGCUAUUUGGCCUCGGAAAAAUCUCUACUGCUUGGAGAACCCAAGUACCUUCAUACCUUGUGUCUAGAGGAUUGCAAUUUGGGAGACAUAUCCCAUGUUAUUGGAGGAUUGGAGAAUUUGGAGAUCCUCAGCUUUGCUCGCUCUCAAAUCAAUAAGUUGCCUAGAGAAAUAGGACAUCUUCAUAAGUUAAGGAUGCUGGAUGCAACAGAUUGUGAUGGACUUGAAGAAAUUCCUCACGGUGUCUUAUCCAACUUGAGGAGAUUAGAAGAGUUGUACAUGGCAGAAAGCUUUCUCAAUUGGGGGCCAGCAACAGGAAGCAAGGAUGAAACGAGUAUGGCAAGCCUUGAUGAGGUGAUGUCUCUAUUUGAUCAUUUAAAUGUCUUAGCCAUAAAAAUCCCAUGA